AGAGCGAGAAAGGGGAGGAGGGAAGGGGGAGCUGUAUGUCCCUCCUGCAUCGGCGUCAACAUCAUUGCCACGCCAGCCUUCGUCACCAGAAAACAGCGAGGAAGCUUGUCUCACAACAGAAAAAAAACACACCAUCAGCAGCUCCUCCUCCUCCAUCUCCACCUCCACCAGACGUGCAUCCACGGAUUAGGCCGAGACGGUUCUACGUUUCGCAGGCACGGGCAUCUAAAUCCUCCCCCUGGCAGGAGGAGCUCUUCCAGGCAUGACCUGAGUGGAGGCCGGAAGCCGCCAGACGCUCUCUAUCAACAUGGGCAACCAGGAGGCUAAGCAAAAGAAAGCUGCAGCAGCAUCGGGUAAUGGAAGCUAUCCUUCCCUGGAUGAAGGAUGGAGAGAGGGAGGAGGGGACACCACAAAAAAGGGAGGAAAGAAACUCCACGGUAAGCACGGCGGAGGUGGAGGGGUGAUGCAUGGCACAGGACCAGGAAAGAAGAAAAACAAAUCUGAGUCCAAAUCCUCCGUUUUCUCCAUCCGGAAGAGAAAGGGCAACCUGAAAGCCAAAGGAGACGUGUGUUCGUCUCUAACAAGCGUCAAAGUAGGACGUCUUGGCCUUCCAACAGGGGAAUUGGACAGGCCAAAAACCCCUGAAUGUCCGGCAGAUGAGUCUGGACAGUCGGACCUGAGGCUGAGAGAGAAAGAAGCCAGAGCCGGUGAAAGAGAACGAAGAAGGACGGGAGCGGAAGCAGAGGUGCAGCAGAAAGUCUCAACAGCCGCUACAUCACCCACAGAGAACGGAGGGCAGAAGGCGGGGAGCUCCGGGUCGGAUACAGACCUCUACAGCUUCCACUCAGCAGCUGACCACGAGGAUUUGCUUGCAGACAUCCAGCUCGCUAUAAGGCUACAGCACCAACACCAGCAUGGGGGGGUGCAGGCAGGGGAUGAAAAGGAUCCCAGCUGGGGGGGAGAGGGGAGGAGGAAGCAGAGUAACGGGGUAGUUAAAUUACCUCCUCCUGAGGUGCUUGACUUGACUCCAGAAUUAGAACUUGGGUCUGAUGCCCUGUCAUUCCUAGAGAUGGCCCCUGCAUCUGGCUCCGUCAAGCACAUAGACCUGCAACCAACACCAGACCUCCCCUUCCACAUGGAGGUGCACGAGAGGAGAAAAGAGAAGGAUUGGGUGGAGCAUCCGGAGCUAAGUGAGAAGGAGCAGAGAGAGAGAGAAGCCUCUCUUUGUGUUGGCACAGGCACAAAAGACCAGCAUGCUUGGGCGCAGCAGCCCCCUCACACAGCCAUCACCAUGGCUACCGGCGGGGGGGAAGCAGUCAGCCAGGUCACCAUGACAACCAAUGGUAACAGCUCCCCUGAUUGCACAUUUGACAGUGGUGGGACAACCCCAAAAUAUAUAGGAAGUGAAGAAGAGGAGAAGGAGUCCAUGUUGGAUGUAGACCUCAGUCCUCCACCCACAGACAGCCCCCACAAAAGUCCUGAGCCCACCGAAGGGCUGAGCUCAGGGAACGUGUUCGAGGGAGGUGAGGUCCACUUAGGCUCGGGUACCAGUGCCGAGUCGCUUGAGGACUGCCUCAGUGCUGGAUCUGAAUCCAGGGAUUCUGCUGCCGGCACCAGUGCCUCCCCCUCCAAGCAAUGCAGGAGGAGCAGCGUGUCCUUCACCCCACUGCCUCCCCAGGAGAGCCCUACACUGGCCAAACGACUCCUCAGGUCUACCCAAUCCUCCACCUCCUCCAGCACUGUGGUGAAGCCCUACCCUCCAAUCUUCCCCUCCUACAUCAAGACUACAACAAGACAGCUCAGCUCCCCAGGACACUCCCCAGCCCUGUCCCCCUCCCACAGCCCCCUAUCCCUGCGCAGAGCCCACCAUCACCUCCACAGGACGAUGCACGAGGCCCAUCAAGCGCGCAGGCAGCGCUCUCGAAGCAUUGCUGGGCCCCUGAGUCGCUCGGCCGACUGGACGGAAGAGCUGGAGAGAAGGCUGAGGAGCAGAGAGGAGGAUGGGGGAGGUUCGGGGGAGUACUUGGUGGGCUACAGAGGAGGAGGCAGCCAACCCCUGUGUGCCACCAGAAGAUCUUCCUGCGGACAGGUUUCUACAUGUGGCUUUCAGGACGUCUUCACAGGUGAGCAGGAAGGAACCCGAGGGAGGGCUGAGAGCUUCUGCUCCAGGAUCUUGGCCAUGGGUCUCCCGGUUCCUUUUACCGACUGCUUCAGAGAGCAACUGGGAGGCAGCACCGCCUACAUACCCUCCACAGGUUCAGCCAAAUUUGAUCAUGACCAGCUGUAUACGUGGGCAGCAGUUAACCAGCCAACUCACUCACUGGAUCCCCUGGAAGGAAAACUACCGGGGCAACUUAAGGGCCACUGGUUUCCAGCCAAGCCCGGCGGAGACAUCGGUCCUGGACUCAAAUCCACAGAAGCAGAACACCAAACUGCCAUCUUGGAUUCGACACAGCAGCAGAAUGAGAGCCAAGAGGUGGAACAUGUCCUUCCUUCAGCAAAACUAAAGGAGAAACACAUUAACGUCAUCCAACAGCUGGAACAAACCAUUGAAGAUCUCAGGACAAAGAUUGCUGAGCUGGAGCAGCCCCUCCCCCUGGACAAAGACAGUAUGAAAGCCAGCCCCCUCACCACGGACAGGGAGUGUGGGGGAGAGGAGGGCCUGCUGAGGGUGGUGUGUGACGCUCACCUGCAGACGGAAGCAGCUCUCGCUCUGGGCUGCCUGGAGGCCAAGUCAGUGCAGACCUCGCCCAUGGACGAGGGCUUCAGGUUCAACGUGCCUUCUGGUGAGCCGAGCGGUGUGAGCGGGCAGGACGGCUCUCUGUGUUCAUGUCAGCUGCAGCCUCCACCUCCACCACCACCGCCUUUGCCAGGAGUUGCAGGACUUCCUCAUCCCCUACAAGGAAAGAUAGUGGCGGCCGCUCCCCCACCACCUCCUCCUCCGCCACUACCAGGAAGCUCAAUGACAGCUCCUCCACCUCCACCUCCAUUACCUUUUGGUUCAGCAUUUCCCCCACCUCCACCCCCUCCUCCGCCACUUCCAGGUGGCCUCGCUCCACCCCCACCUCCUCCUCCCGCCCCUCCUCUCCCUGGGGGCAUUGCUCCACCACCUCCACCAUUACCAGGAAUAGGAGCCCCACCUCCUCCACCACCACCACCCCCAGGUUGUGGGCCUCCUCCACCCCCUCCGCCACCAGGGGGCAUGUGUGCUCCCCCAGGUCUUCCAGGAGCUCCGGGCUCCCUGCCUCCUCCUCUGCCAAUGGGGCUCUAUGCUUUAGGUCUGACGCAGGAGAAGCCAGCCAGAAAGGCGGUGGUGGAACCCCCCAGACCCAUGAAGCCCCUUUACUGGACCAGGAUCCAGCUGAACACCAAAAAAGAGGUUUCUUCUUCGUUGGUGUGGGAGACAAUCGAGGAGCCUGACAUGGACUUUGAGGAGUUUGUAGAGUUGUUCUCCAAAUCAGCAGUGAAGGAGAAGAAGCAGCCGCUCUCUGACACCAUCACUAAGUCCAAGGCCAAACAGGUCGUGAAGCUCCUGAACAAUAAACGAUCUCAGGCGGUAGGAAUUCUCAUGUCGUCCCUGCAUCUUGACAUGAAGGAUAUCCAGCUUGCCAUCCUGAACUUGGACAACACAGUAGUUGACCUGGAGACCCUGCAGGCCCUGUACGAAAAUAGGGCACAACAGGAGGAGCUGGACAAGAUUGAAAAGCACAUCAAGGCCUCAAAAGACAAGGAGAAUGCUAAACCUCUGGACAAACCUGAGCACUUUCUCCACCAGCUCUCACUGAUCCCAAACUUCUCCGGCAGAGUCUUCUGCAUCCUCUUCCAGUCCAGUUUCUCCGAGUGCAUGUCGUCCAUAAUGAAGAAGCUGGACACACUACAGAGAGUAUGCAAGGCUCUGCAGGACAGUCCAACAGUGAAGCAGGUUCUCGGUCUGGUUCUGGCUUUUGGUAACUUCAUGAAUGGUGGUAAUCGAACCAGAGGCCAAGCGGAUGGUUUCACACUUGACAUCCUGCCCAAACUCAAAGAUGUUAAGAGCAGCGACGGCAUGAAAAGUCUUCUGUCCUACAUUGUUUCCUACUACCUCAGACACUUCGAUGAGGAUGCUGGUAGAGAGACGUGUGUGUACCCUCUCCCCGAGCCUCAUGACCUGUUUCAAUCCUCACAAAUGAAGUUUGAAGACUUCCAGAAAGACCUAAAUCGACUCAGGAAGGACUUGAAAGCGUGUACAUCAGAAGUGGAAAAGGUGUGCAAGGUUUCAGACGAGGACAACCUGCAGCCCUUUAAAGACAAGAUGGACGUCUUCCUUGCUCAAGCUAAAAGUGAACUGGAGACCCUGGAUUCUCAACUCAGCAGCACACAUAAAUUGUUCCUGGAGCUUACAGUGUUCUUCUCCGUGAAGGCCAAGUCAGGAGAGAAGGAGCCGUCACCAAACACUUUAUUCUGUGUCUGGCACGAGUUCUCCUCCGACUUCAAGGACCAGUGGAAAAAGGAGAACAAAGUCAUCCUCAAGGAGAGGCUGAAAGCAGCAGAAGAGUGUUUCCGACAGGCCAAGGAGAAGGCUUCCUACAGCGUCAAACCAAAACAUGCCUCUGGCAUUAAAGCCAAGCUUGGCAUGAAGAUUUGACUCAAUGGACGUGGAAUUUCUGUUUUUUUCCUCGACUUUGGGAUCCAGCCGUGAAUCACCUAUAAAAAAGUAUGGAAAGGAUAGAAGAGAAGAAUGAAGGGAUCUAUAUGAAGCUGGCCCUACAGUGUGGACAUCUUGUUUCAUUGAUGUAUUUCGUGCUCUGCUCUUCAGCGGUAUGAUCCACAAUUCUGGAUGGAUGCUGCCUGCAAUGCCACCGGGCACCAGGAACCAGGGCUGGACACCACUAGUAAACAUCCACUGCAAUAACAACAGACUACAAACUAAAUUGAUAAUAUAUCAAAUAUCUCACUAAUUAAGAGUUUUCAGCAGAAUGAUGAUGACAAGUUCAACACAACCUAUGCCAUUAAUAUUAUUAAAACCAGGGCCUACAUGAUUAAAAUCUUAAGGAUUAUGUAAAACCACCAAGCAUACCGAUGCUUCAGACGUUAAUGCGUGCUUGCAGUAAGUUUUAGUGGACGGCAGCACAAAGGACGGGACCACGUAAGGCUGCACAGCAAAACUCAGCAGGAACAUUGCUCAUCCUUACGGACACACAUGGACGUACAAAUAUGCACUCGGUGUGUGUCACUUCAAUCAAUUGUAGCUUUGAUUGAGUAAACAUGUGUUAAGUUAAGUCUUAAUAUUUGGGUACUCGCUAAAAUAUUUGGACACCAUCAGAUAUCAAUUAGAUUGCUUAUAGGUUUUGUGACUGAAACAUUUUAAAACAUACAAAUAGCAUGGACGUGGAAUGUGGAAUUCAAAUAUAUUUUUCAGGAUUUGAGGCAGUUUUGGUGAGAGUAUGAAGUUUUAAAAAAAACGUUUAACCUUUUAACCUAACCUGGGAGUUUGGAGCAUUCCUAGCAAACAUACCGAGGCGCGUCAGCUUGCCCAACAACAUGGUCAGUGGUUCUGGGACCUGUCAUCUUUCAUGCAUAGUGUCCAUCAAAAAUAACUUUCUUUUUACUUACUAGUUUUGUUCCUUAUAGUCACAAAAUAUGUUUUCCAAAUAAACCAAUGGUUUACUUUGUUUUAAGGUUUACUUAUGCUUAAAGAAUCCACUCUUAUUUCCCAGAUGUACACUUUUUCGCUCUUUAUGGUACAUCAGCUGCUCUGACCGCACUGAGCAUCCACGUUAGACGAGUAGGGUGCGAGAAUGGGUCGUUUUCCCCGUAUAGAGAUCCUAAAAUCCCAUCACCCAUUUAAAUAAGAGUGUGACUGGCCUCAUAGACACAGCCUCAUUUUAAAUGCCAUAUGAUAUCGCCGCUCCUCAUAUCAGCACUGUCUAUGCAGACUUGUACAUGCUGGCACACCGCUGUUUCAAUUUAAAAAAGAAAGGCAAGAAACAGAAACUCAGUGUUGAUGAGCAGAAGAAUUUCACUGAAUACUUACAUAGUAGAAUUUUCAUACCUGAGAUAGUGAGUGUGUGCGUGUACGAGUGUGUGUAUGUGUGUGUGAUUGUUCUCAUCAGCUGGUUGCAGUUGAAAGCCAUGUAACAAAGGAUGUGAUGUGUAUAGUGCAUUAAGUUACAGUUAUUUAAUUUUGUUACAGAGUUGACGACUAUAGCGAUGUAAGGUAAUACAUUGUACAAGUAUUUUUGGACAUGUAUUGUGUUUCAUUAAUUGAUGUCAUUAUCUCCAGGCCAGCAUGAUGCUCUCAACAGGGACUUACCUUUGAAGUUUGAACAGUUUCAUGUGCAAUAAAUGUUUAUACGUUUAGAUGAAAGGGGUGCAUGGUGUCCGGGGGUGGUGUAAUUUAUGUAAAAUAAAAAGAAUGAAUUCUGCAUUAUUUUGGAUUCAAGCAGUAUUUCAUGCGGUAAGGUCAGGCAUAUGAUGGCAGCGUUGUGGACCAGGCUCCAGAAAGAAUCAGGAACACUCCUUUAGGACAACUUGAGUAUGCUCCAUUCCCAACAUAUUUUUGUGUCUAAGUAUCUAAAGGGGACAACGGUCUUUGAAAUUGGUUUGGUAUUGAGUGAGAACCCAUUAGACAUCAGGCCACUAAACGACUAUAAUGUAUUUUCUGGGGGCAACUCCUCGCUGUCAAUGUACAUCUAAUAAAAGUGCUGGUUUUACCUGCUGA